AUGUUUUAUCCUAAUAGAGGACUUUUACUGCGGCUUAUUUUGGCAGGCACAGUAAUUGUUGCAUUGGGCCAUAGUCAUAGCCACUCGCAUGAUCAUUCUCAUGAUGAACCACCCGCAUUCAAAUACUCCAAAAGUGCAAACGAACAAUACAAAACUGAAAAAGAGAUAACUGAACCAGAUUACGACUUGUAUAUCAGAGCAUUGAGUUCAACACUCUUUAUAAGUAUAGUGCCGUUUUUUAUACUGUUUUUCAUACCUAUUGACGGGACAGUAGAAAAACAACCGUUACUCAAGAUUUUACUAUCUUUCGCUUCCGGCGGUCUUCUCGGUGAUGCGUUUCUACAUUUAAUACCACAUGCACUAAUGUCUAGUGGUGGUGCAGAAGGACACAGCCAUAGUCAUUCACACGAAAGUGGAGAACACGAACCCCAUGAUGUUACUGUUGGGCUUGGAGUUUUAGGAGGUAUUAUCACUUUCUUAGUGGUAGAGAAAACUGUUCGACUCUUUGAUGGAGGACAUGGCCAUUCUCAUGGAGCAGAGAAGAAGAAAUCAGAUGACAAACAAAAAAAGAAGACAAAGGAUAAAAAAGAAGAUAUCAAAAUUGCAGGUUAUUUAAACCUUGCUGCUGAUUUCACACACAACUUCACUGAUGGACUGGCAAUCGGAGCUUCCUAUAUUGCAGGGCAGAACAUAGGUUUAAUUACCACUGUGACUAUAUUUUUACAUGAAAUCCCACAUGAAAUCGGAGACUUCGCAAUUCUUGUUCAAUCUGGUUGUUCAAGAAGGAAAGCUAUGAUGUUGCAAUUGCUCACGGCAUUUGGUGCAGUGUCUGGCACAGUUUUAUCUAUAUAUCUAAGAGGUUCGGGUGACAGUGUAGUAUCAUCUCUUAUUUUGCCAUUCACAGCUGGUGGUUUCAUUUAUAUUGCCACUGUUUCUGUGAUCCCUGAACUAUUAGAAGGUUCUAACAAAUUCUCUCAGUCUAUCAAAGAAAUAGUAGCUUUAUUAGCUGGAGUGUACAUGAUGGUGCUUAUCGCACAAUAUGAAUAA